AUGGAUCGAGAUAAACUAGUAGAACUGUUGCAAGAAUAUUUGUGUAAAGAAACUUUAACUAAGCCUUUAGAUGAUAAUAGUAUUGUAGAAGAAAUGGAAUUAGAUAGGUCAGGGCAAGAGGAUCCAAGUAAUCGAUACUCAUCAAAAGACAUGUUAGCAGCUUUAAAAGAAAUGGUAAAAAAUGAAGAGUUAACAAAAGAAGAAAUUCCUACUGAAAAGUCUAUUGAUAGCUGGAUUAGUAGAUAUUCUCGAACGUUAAAACAAAUGAUAGCCAAAAAAAUGAUAGACAAUGACGUAGAUAGCGAGUAA